CAGCUGCUCGAGCGUUAAGUUUUUUGUCAUUUUGCAUAGCUUGAAGGACGAGCAUUACUUGGUUUUCAUCAUGUUUCUGGGGCAUAUUUGGUUGUGGUGAUACUUGUGAUAGAAGUCAGAAGUUGCGUCGGAGCGAUCUCGUGUGAACAUUCGCCCGUAUGUGAUAUUCACAUGUGGGGCACGUUACACCAGAUCAAUCCAGCUAUUCAAUCUCCUUGCACCCAGCAGAAUGUCAACAAAUAGCCUCAUAUACGACAUUGCUGAUGCCAAUACCGAAGGGGUUCCUGGCCCGAGUCAAGAAUGUGUCUCACUACAUCAUAGUGCAUGCUUCAGCCCCGAGUUUGACUGUCGUACAAGCAGUCAACAGGAAUAGUAAACAUCUAUGUGAUCUACUAAGAUCUACAGACACUUGCGUUAUUUGUCGGUGAAAGGGGGAACUUUCGAGGGUAUAUAAAUGUGGUGGACCGGCGUGCAAUGUGGGCGAAAGUCCGGUCACAAGAUUCAGGACACGGAGACGACACCAUGAACAACAGGUCUUAUAUUGCGGACUUGUGUGGUCAAGAUAUCAUCACAUUUCACGAUCUCGAACAUUGCGCUGAGGGAGCGUUGUCAACCAUUCCCGGAAUUCAUUACCUGCCAGACGGAACGAGCAACAAUGUCGUUGACAACAAGCAUGUCAAGCCCUUCAAUAGAGGGCACAAUGCUGCCGCAAAAGUCACAGACCUUUUCAAUCGCUAUGCAAAAAACGUAACAGUUUCAACACAAGCGAUGAACAGCGGUUUAGUCACCGGACCACCACCAGAAGCAAGACUCAGCGGCGGCAUUCACGACUCCAUUGACUGGUUCGAGAAGAUUCAAUUCCAGCACAAAGACACUAGCUUGACCUCCACGCAUUAUCUGCACUUUUCGAGCCCGAGUCCAUUACUCCAGGAUGCAGCAGAUAUUACGAGUAUCAACAUCACCACCGGCAUAUGUCUUUUUGCCGGCAGGGCUCUGGCGUCGAGCAUCCCGAGCAAUGAGCAUGGUUUCAACAUGUCCGCACUCGAACAUACAGAACCAACUAUCUACGAACUAGACAUGAUAGCUCGUGUCGCCCCAGCUAUUGCGGAUUUAGUAGCCCUACUCAAAGCUGAUCAUGGACAUGAAAAUUGCCGCGAGUCCGGAUUCAACGGUCCGCUGAAUGUAUCCCUCGAUAUCCCCAGUUUCCACUACUAUCACACCGUCGAGAAGCGCCUAAAGGAUCAGCUAUGUACGUUCCCGGAGGCCAUACGAUGGAUGGACGCGGUUGAGAAACGACAUUAUCAGAUCAGCCGUGUUUUCCGACGAUAUAUCCAACAUGAGUUAGCACGCCGUGGACGUCACGAAACACAUAUUCAAGUAUCCUCUUCCGGAACCGCAGGCUUCGUGUACCAUAUCAUCCAGAAGUCAUUGAGAGAAGGUGUGCUCGUGUCAUUGGGCCAUGUAUUGCAGCGAAUAAGUGCCUACGAUCCCGUCUGGAACAGGUUCUUCGAACUUAUUACGGAGAAAGAAAAGCCUCAUGAUUUCCUGUGCUUGGGGUACCUUUUCUAUGUGUAUGAUAUCGCACGACCAGCUCUACUACACGACGGGAUCCUCGAUUCCCCGAGACCAAACCCGCUCCUCAUCAGCAUAGACGACACCAUCGAGCGUCGAAUCUACCGCCGCACACAGCAGUUAUUCAAGAAAGUCCGCGCAAUUCCAGAGUACCCAGUUACACCAAAAUUACUGGAAAUAUACCCCUGUCGUCGCAUCUUCAUGGACAACAAUCAGACGAAUAUGGGCUUGUAUUGCCAUGAUCCGUCACCAGAGAGGUUGGAUGCGCACUCGUGUAAGUGCCGAAGGGCACUUGCUACUAUUGUGAACAAGAAUGGAUGCAGAGGGCAGGAUUGUCAUUUUAUGACGCAGACUGGGGACAAGCGCAGGAUUGAUGCGUUUGGUGUUGUGGGUAUGCUUUUCGGAGCUGAUGCCGGUGCUGUACUGCGGAAGAUCUGUGUAGAGGAGGGAUUGAUAUCCUGAAUAGUUACGGUAUUAGAACACAAUGACAAGAGAAUUGGCAUUUUGCUAUCUUUGUUCUGUUUGCAUUGUACAUAAAGAGAAAUAUC